UUGGUACCUAUUAGACUUGAACUUGAACAUGAGCAUUGGAAGUUGAGGGACACUUUUACUUGGAAUCUCAAAGUAGAACCAGUGGUAACACCUGAACAGUUUGCUUCACAUCUGUGUGAGGAUCUGAUAUUGCCAACACAGCAUUUUUUACCUUUGAUCGCAACUGCUAUCAAAGAACAAUUAGAGGACUAUAAAAUACAUGCAAACUUCCAUCAACACCAGUCAACAAAACAAAAUGAAGACAAAAAACUUCGAAUUGUGAUUAAUCUUGAUAUCAUUUCAGGUUCAGUUCAUUUAUCAGAUCGAUUUGAAUGGGAAAUUAGUGAACCUAAUAACUCACCUGAAGAAUUCGCUGAGAUUUAUAUCAACGACUUGGGUCUAUCUGGAGAAUUCAAAACUGCUGUGGCACAUUCGAUCCGAGAGCAAAUUGAGAUCUAUGUCAAGUCACUUGCCUUGGUCGAACAUGUUCACGGAUUACCAGUUCCCAAUGAUGAAUUACGAUAUGCUUUCUUGACUGGAAUUACUGAUCCAAUGCGAACAGCACCUGUAGCCGAUGAUCAUACACCAUUCCUGACACUCUUAACACCUGACGAAUUAGAUCGACAAGAAAAAGAACAUGAUCGAGAAGCUAGGCGUAAAAGACGUCAAACUCGUGCUCGU